AUGGCCAAACACAAUGUAAAGAGAGAUUUAAGUUUGGACUUUAACACUGUGAAAUAUAAAAAGAAAGACCCUCAUUUAAAAGUAAUAAAGAGCAGAAAUUCUGGCUCAGUAGAAAAUGUAUUAGAGAAAGGGAAAGAUAGAUUGGGGUUUAAUGACCGUGAUUUUUUAGAGAGAAAAAAAUCUUUGCUUAGAGAGUUAUAUAGUGAAGGAAGGAAAAGUGAGUUUAAUGAUGAAAGAGAAAAGUUUAGUGCAAGAAAAGAUUCUACUGGAGAUAAGUACCAGACUUUAAUAGCUACUAAACAGUUAAAGAAGAAGACUAAAAAGAGAAAAAAUAAUUUUAACUUGGACGAAGAAGAGGAGUUUGAGGAUUAUAAUACUGAUAAAAAAAACAUUACUGGCAAUUAUAGAGGACAUAUUGGAGAUAGUUUGAAUAAUAAUAUUACUAAUGAUCUGGAAUUUACUCACCAAGGGAAAUCUAUUUCAUCUUUAGAUGAUAAAGUUAUUCGUAAAUAUGAUGGUGAUAUAGAUGAAGAUAAUGAAUUUGGAAAUGAUGGUUAUAAAGGUAAUCAUGGGGAAGAUAAUAUUUUAGAUGAAAAGAAUAUGCCAGGUUUUUUCUUUGGACAAGGAGAUCCAGAUGGUACUUCUACAAAAUCAAGGCAGGAAAUAUUCAAAGAAAUUAUGCAAAAGAGCAAGCUUGCAAAGAUGGAGAUGAAAAGGCACAGAGAAAGCCAUGAGGAGGAACUAGCAAACUUGGAUGAUGCGUUCUCUCAAGUUCAAUCAAUGCUUAGUUAUAAGCAAUCUAGAAAAGAGAGAAUCAAUUCUUUAAUGAGCAAUACUGGCACCAAUAUUUCUAAUGUUGAAAGUAGUAAUGUUCAAUCAUCUGAUAAGGCUGUCGAAGAAUUGGAUGAGUAUGAACAACUCAGAAACCUUCUUAAAUUUGACACAAGAACUGGGGUUUCUGAUCGCAUUAAAACUGAUGAGGAAAUUGCAAAGCUUAAUGCUGAAAAACUUGAAAAACUUGAAAAAGAAAGAAAGGAAAGAAUGUCACUCACUAAUUCCAAUAUUGAUGUUGACCUCAACAGUGACUCGGAAACUGAGUACCUUAAGGAUGAAUUUGAGGAGGAAGAAGAAGAGGAAGAGGAGGAAGAGGAGGAAGAAGAUGAAGAGGAGGAAGAGGAGGAAGAAGAUGAAGAAGAGAAUGAAGAGGAAAAAGAAGAGUACGAGGAUGGAUAUGUGGAAGAUGAAGAAGAAGAUGAGGAAGGAGACAUUAAAGUGGAGGAUGAAAAUAAAUGUCCAAAGCCUUCUCCUAAAGGAUUUUUUGAAUUCGAAAUAAAGGAGAAUGAAGAAAUUGAUUGGUUAGUAAAUGAUGAGAAUGAAUCGAAUUUACCUUUCAGUAUUAAUUUGAAGAGCAUUUUGAAGGAAUAUAAUUUGGGAGAACUUAUGGAAUUUAUGAGUAAAUUUUCUCCAAAGUCUCAAUGGAAGCUUAUUAAUAGAUUUAGAUCUUGCUUUAACAAAGGAGAUACUGCAAUGAUGAACGAUUUAAAGCUUCUUCUUGGUUUCCUUGUCAAAUAUCCACUAAGGUGUCUAAAACUAGCAGAAUCUGAUACUGAAAAGAACAAUGUUUUUCGAUUUAUUAUAAAUUAUCUCAAACUUAUGAGUGGCCAUUUACUUUUUAUGGCAGAAACUGACCCAAAAGAAUGCCUUAUUAUUUUCACAUACUUUGCAUUUGAAAUUUGCCAUUCAACAUUUCCAAGUAUAUACCACAAGUACAAAAAGAUUGAAAAGUUUUUAAAUGAUAAUCUUUUAGAUGUUGAAAAUGAAAACUAUUAUACUGAGAUAUUAGAAGAAUGCCCGUCUUUGUAUCAACUUUCUGAAGAUAUAUAUGAAUUAACUUUAGAACACAUUGUCAUCUGUAGGAUUAUGUUUAUUUUAUUCCCAGUUACUGAUGCUCAACACCCAAUUUUAACUCUGGUUAUUAUGUGUCUAGAACAAUGGGCUCAUAGAUGGAGUCAAGUUGGUAAGUCAUUUUUAAACACAAUAACACCAAAUAAAUAUAGUGAGGAAUUUAAGUACAACCAAGUAAGGCUUUCUGGAGGUAAUAAUCCAAAUAUUAGUUGCAUGAUUGGGGUAAUAAGUUUAUUGGAAAUAUCCAGUAUUGGUUAUGUAAAUAGUAAAUUACAAGAUAAUACUGAGUUUCUUGAGAGAUUUAGUAUUGGGUACUUUACUUUAUCACUAAGUUGCCUUAAAUGGUUAUUAUUACCUACUUUUAAUAAUAAUAAUAAUAGUAUUACUCAAGAAAAAAGAAUUCUAUUAUCAAUAGGAAUUCUAAAGUCUCUUCUUAGAGUAAUUUCUGCUUUGAAAAAUUUACAAGGAUUCCAUGCACCUAUGCUUCAUCUUGUUCGUGAAAAUAUCCAACAAGUAAAUGAAUCUUUGGUGAAUAUGAACAAUUGUGAAACAUUGUUAAAUUUAAUAUCUGAAAUUGAAUCAGUUUCAGUUGAAAUUAUUAAUAGACCUCAAAAACCCAUUAAUCUUUGCCCAAGGCAAACUCCAACUAUUAGAUCAUUAAUUCCGAAAAUUGAUGAUCCGUCAGUUCCAUUUGCUGCUAAAGUUAUGCUCAAAGCAAAACAUGGUCCUAAAGAAUCCCAAUAUGAACAUGAAAAAAGACUUUACCUUUCCAAAUUGAGAAAGGAAGUCAACACUGCUAGAAGGCAGGCCAAUAGACAACUUAGAAAAGAUUCACAAGUUAUCGCAGAAGCAUGGAAUGAAAAGAAGGCGGAUAAGUCCAGAAAACAAAAUGCCAAAUAUAAUUCCUUUAUGAAAAUGCUUGAAGAUGACCAAGUUGAAUAUAAAAAGAUGAAGACUACUGGUGGAACUAUGGAUACUUCGAUUCAAUCUUAUAGGGCCAAUAAACAAAAUAAGAAGAAAAAUCAAAAAAUGGCUGGUAAUAAAACUGCCAACGGUCUUGUUCAUUGA